CAGAGCAGCUCAGUCGGUGCUCAGCUCAGAACAAAACGACCACAAAAAGAGACGACGGCAGAUAAUUUGAGACCAAGCAGAAGAAAUUUCAUCUUUCUUCUGGAAGGUAAAAUGGAAUACUUUGAUUAUGAUGAAUAUCCAGAUUACAACUACUCAGGUGUUGGCAACAUCACGACACCUGAAGGAACAUUUUCACCACACAAACCAAGUUGUCUGAAGGAAGGCAUGUGUGUGCUUCAGACUGCAAUCAAUGUGGUCAUUUUUCUGCUGGGCUUUUUUGGGAACAUGCUGGUCAUCUGGAUCUCUGGCUUUAAGAUGAGGAAGACUGUGAACACCACUUGGUACCUGAGCCUUGCCAUCUCUGACUUUUUCUUCUGUGCUUUUCUGCCAUUUAACAUCUCCUACAUGGCAACGAGAGAGUGGUUGUUUGGUUCCUUCAUGUGCAAGUUCACCUCUGCAGCAAUGUUCAUCAACAUGUUCAGCAGCAUCUUCCUCCUCAUCGUCAUCAGCAUGGACCGCUGCGUGUCCGUCAUGUUUCCAGUUUGGGCCCAGAACCACCGCUCUGUUCAAAAGGCAUCAGCUGUGGUUGUUUUCGCUUGGCUUCUCGCCAUAGGAAUGUGCAUUCCCUCAAUGAUCUUUCGUGAGGUCCAUACGAUUGAUGGAAAUCAGAUCUGCUUCAAUAAUUACAUCCUGAAACCACACAGUCACAAGAUUAUUGCCGUGACCCGCUUCUUUGCGGGUUUUGUGGUUCCGUUCACCGUCAUUAUCAUCUGUUACUCCAUCAUCAUCUUCAAACUUCAAAACAACAGGAUGACAAAGUCCUCCAAACCCUUCAAAGUAAUGACUGCACUCGUCGUGACAUUUUUUGUGUGCUGGCUGCCCUACCACGUGUUUACCCUGCUGGAGCUGAACCACCACAGCCAUAACCACAACGUUUUAACCACUGGACUGCAAAUGAGUGUCAUUUUAGCAUCAGCCAACAGUUUCCUCAACCCAUUGCUGUACGUCUUCAUGGGAAACGACUUCAAGAAGAAGCUGAAGAGCUCUUUGUUUUCAAAGAUGGAGAACGCAAUGGCUGAUGAAGGACGCACGACCAGUCGAUACCUGUCCAGGUCCAGCUCAAUGGAUGCCAGAGCUUCCACGCACAUUUAGAGGCUUGGAAGCAACAUAAAAAGUCUAUAUAUAUAUUUUUUGUUUUUUUUAACAGUGAGUGUAUUUCAUGAAUUAUAUAUUGAAUUCAAAUCUGUUUAUGUUUACUACAAAAAUAAUCAUUCGAAUGAUUUUAAUGUCACGGCUCUAAGUGUUUGCAAAUAGCAGAAACAUUUACUGGCUUUGGACUCUGCUGAGUCCAGACUGGUUUGAAUUGAUUGUUCAGAGUGACAUGUGACAAAAUUUGUAAUGAUAUCAACAAAGUUGACCAACAGCAACAUAGGUGAAAAUGAUUUAUUUGGACCAGAAUAGUCCUACGCUGAGUAGAGGUAUCUUGUGGAUAGAGUCACAAACAGAAAACAACCCAGAUCUUACUCUUUAGUGUAUAACGGACCAAGACGGAGGAUGUGAAAAUAUCUUUGUACUGUUUUUACCACUUAACGUUAACAACUCCACUCACUUCUGGUAAAAACAGUGCAGAGUACUGUUUUUACCAGAAGUAAGUGGAGCUGUCAUCCUCUCUUGCUACUUUUUUGACAAUGUUUUAAUAGAGAUUCUUAAAACAAGUCACGUAAGGAAAUGUGUACAUAUGUAAUUUGAUGUAUAAAAUCUUGAUUGUCAUUUGUUCAAUAAAAAACUGAA